AUGUUUUCCAAGCCGAAUCUUGAAGGUUAUGAGAUUAAAGACUUUAUCGGAAAGGGCUCUUUUGGGCAAGCUUAUAUAGCCAUACGUAAAUCAGAUAACAAAACUGUUGCAUUAAAGCAAAUCAAUUAUGGAAAUAUGUCUACUCAUGAAAAGGAAAUGCUUGUUAAUGAAUGCAAUAUACUCAAGAAACUAAGAAACGAUAAUAUUGUUACAUACUAUGAUAGAAUUGUCGACACAUCUCAACGAACGUUAUUUUUAAUUAUGGAAUAUUGUUCAGGCGGAGAUUUGCAAAAAUUCAUUCAAAAUUCUACCAGCCCUAUAGGAGAAAAUCAAAUAUGGCUUUCCCUUUCAGAACUUGCUCUUGCUUUGAAUGAAUGUCAUAAUGGAAAGGAAAGAAUUAUACAUCGUGAUAUCAAACCAGGGAAUAUUUUCAUUGAUAGUAGCGGACAUGUUAAACUUGGCGAUUUCGGGCUUGCAAAGCCUAUCCCAGAUGGCUCAACAAAAACAUACUUAGGAACUCCGCUUUAUAUGUCGCCUGAACUGGUUUCUCAUCAUUCGUAUGAUGAUAAAAGUGAUAUUUGGGCUCUUGGAUGCGUAAUUUACGAAAUGGCGGCAAAAUCCCCGCCAUUUAGAGCCUAUGGUCAACAACAAUUGAAUGGAAAGAUAAAGUAUGCAGAAGUUAGGCGUAUUCCAAGUGAAUAUUCAGAAGAGUUAUGGAAAGUGAUAUCUUCGAUGCUUGACAAAGAUCCAAGCAAACGUCCAUCUGCAUCAGACAUCCUUCAGGUCAGAAAUGUUGCAUUGACAGUUAAAAUUGAGAAGACUAAAAAGCUUUAUCGAGCAUUAAAGCACGAAAAUGAGAAGUUACUUACCAAAAGAAAAGAAUUGGAAGAAGAAAACAACCAGUUAAAGAAACAGCUUGCUUGA